GAGGAGGAGGAGGCGCGAGCGCAUCCUUAAGCAGCAGCGCGCAGGCACAGAAGAGAACAUCCACAGCUCGGCCACACAUUUCAGCUGGAGGAUCGGCCUGAAGAAAUUCAUGGAAAUAAAAUAGAAAUUCAUUCCCUUGGCUUUUUAUUUUUUGUUUUCUGAUCACAGCCGAGCCAUUGGACUUCAACAUGUCUGAGAUGACUAAUUUAAAACCAGCCUAUGAUGUGUCCCCAGUACUUGCGGGUUUUCUGGGUGCAGGGGUCUUGGUUGUUUCCGUGACGGUGGCCGUUUUUCUGUGGACGUGCUGUCAGCGGCGAUAUCGUCAAAUGACAGGUGCGUACAAGCUGACCAGCGGUCCCUACGACCCACCCGUUGACCCUCCCUACAAGUUCAUCCACAUGCUCAAAGGCAUCAGCAUCUACCCCGAGACCCUCAGCAACAGCAAGAAGAUCGUACGUGUGGGCCAGCGCUCAGGAUCAGGCUCCCUGUUUAGAGAAUGGGGUCGUGGAUCCCCAAACGGCAAUGUACUCCUUGUGGAUGCAGAUCCGGAAGGUGGUACCCCGCACCUACAGAUGAGCCACCUGGUACCACCUGUGGGACCUCCCAGACUGGAGAGGGCGCUGCCCAUCCGGGCUGACUACUGCUGUAUGGAGAGCCGCUCAGGAAGCAGCAGCGAAGCACCCAGUAAGACGGCGUCGCCCCACAGUCUCGACUCCCCCUCUCUGGGAACGCUUAGUUUGGCCAUCGACUACAACUUCCCCAAGAAGGCCCUCGUUGUGACCAUCGUAGGAGCGCAGGGGCUCCCCGCGGUGGAUGAACAGGCGGGCAGCUCUGACCCCUACGUGAAGAUGACCAUCCUGCCUGAAAAGAAACACCGGGUGAAGACGCGCGUCCUGAGGAAGACUCUGGAACCCAUGUUCGAUGAGAUGUUUACCUUCUACGGCAUCCCAUACAGCUCGCUGCCCGAGCUCUCGCUGCACUUCCUGGUGCUCAGCUUUGAUCGCUUUGCACGGGACGAUGUCAUCGGGGAGGCGGUGGUGCCAUUGACGGGCGUGGACCCCAGUACGGGACGGGCGCACAUCACCCAGCAAAUCAGCAAGAGGAACACGCAGUGUGAAAGUCAUGGGGAGUUGCUAGUCUCUCUGUCCUACCAGCCUGUUACUCACAGGCUUAAUGUGGUAGUCCUUAAGGCAAAACACCUGCCAACCAUGGACAUCACAGGCCUGUCAGGCAACCCUUAUGUUAAAGUGAACGUCUUCUACGGCCGCAAGCGCAUAGCCAAGAAGAAGACUCACGUGAAGAAAUGCACACUCAGUCCCGUUUUCAAUGAAUCGUUUAUCUACGAUGUUCCCGCUGAGCUUAUGCCGGACAUCUCUGUGGAGUUUCUGGUCAUCGAUUUUGACCGCACCACGAAGAAUGAGGUUGUGGGUCGCCUGGUUCUGGGUGGUCAGAGCCCCAUUUCAUCAGGGGUGACUCACUGGAGGGAAGUCUGUGACAACCCAAGGCGGCAGAUUGCCAAGUGGCAUAAUCUUAUAGAGUACUAGUGUCUGGCUAACACAUGGGGAAAGCAAAAUCUAUUAUACCACUUCCUUCCUAUCAGCCCCUCUAUAGAAAGAAGCCCAUUUAACAACCUCUCCUUUUCCCUGUACAGAUAGGUGAAUAAGUGGAUGCGGAUGUGUCAGGACAUAGGACCAGGAGCAGUCUAACGGAAAAGACACUUAGAAAGUUCUCUAACAAACUCGUAGCAAAAAAGACUCAUACAUCAUAGCAAAGAAAAAAAAAGAGAGGAAAAAAAAGCAAAAAUAACUACGUCAGUGUGGUUUUUGGCUCUGAUUAGACAUCUGAUUAGACUUAUCUAUAUAAGUCAAUUAUAAGCGAAUUAUACCUGGAUGAGAGUUAUACCACAGUAUCCUCAGAGCCUUUCACCAGUAUACCGCCAUAUUAACAAUAUACAUACACUACUUUCAAUUAGCCGAAUGCUAGAAAUAGUGAGACACUUUUAUUUUUAGGAUGAAGGAAGGUUGUAAGAAAAAGUGAGUUUUAAGUCCACUUUUUAAAAAGAAUAAUGGGGUGAAUGUUUUGAUAGUGUAGGAUAAAAAUGGAUUAAAGGGGAUAUAAACUGGACACCAUCAUGAGCAUUUCUGCUAACAUGCUAAUACUUACCACAGAAGACAAGGUUGAAAUACGGCUAAAAUUGAGAUGAAAAUUCUCUAGAAAAAUAAAACUCUAAAUGUCAAGUUAAACAAAACCUGGUGUCAAGGCCAAGUUUUCAGCCAACUGCCAACUGAAAAUUAGAGACCAUCAGCUCAAGAUUAAAAAUGAAUUUGAUUUAUGAAAACGCUCUGAUGUUCCACAUAGUAAAGCCAGUCUACACUUUCCCCGUUUUUAUGCUGUAGCUGUUUAUUUAUUUGUAGCUGUACUUAUAUAUUAUUGUUCAUUUCUCUGACUUGAUGACUUGGACAAAGCAGUUCUAUGACGUGUUGUCAGCGUAUCUCAACAUAUCUACUAUUCAUUGAUUUAAAUUCAAAUGUUUUUCCUUAUGCACAUCUAUGCACAUUUCCAUUGUACCACAAAGGAGGUUUUGACCCAGUUGCUGUGCUACCAUAGCAUAGAGAUCAGGGAAGGCUUGGUCAAAAAGGUUGGAGGGAAACACCAAUUAACAGUCAAAGCCAAAUGUGACAGAUAUUAGCAUAUUUACGCGUUGUCAAAUUUGUACAUUUUACGUGUGCUGUCCCUUACAUCACAGUUUCUAUUGCCAUCAAAUGUGUUUUUUAACGCCACACUUAAUUCCUAAGGCCAUAAAACUAAUUCUUAACGUCUUUGGUCAAGAUGUACAUAAUGUAUCAUAAGGCGUAACACUAGUACUCUUCCGUUUCUUUUUUCAUAGUACAAUUGAAUAUCGUCAAAUAUACAUUUGAACUUUUGACAUACAAAUGGUGUCGUGGAAAUAACUAAAUUUAGCCACCCCAGUUUAGAAAUCAUAAUUACUUCACUAACCUGUUUGGCUUUAAGCCUGUCUAUUCUCGGACUUAUAGCUGAGAUUCAGACCAAUUUUUGCACUUUCUCAGAGUACUGUAUUUAUUUUUAUGAUUUGUGUUCAAAAGAAAGAAUAUAUAUAUAUAUAUAUGUGUAUCAAAAACCUAAUAACUAUGAUAGGACUAAUAACUGGCCAUAUCAAAGUUGGGAUUUUGGCAUGAGCCAGUAACCAUUAGUCAGCGGCAGCUGUCGAAAACUAACCAAAGUAGAUGGACCAAUGUUUUGCAGUGUGGAUAUCUCACACCUGAGUGAAAUGAGUGUUGGUGACCACGAUGAAGCCGCUCACACUGCAGCCUCAGACAGGCCUGUGAGUCGACGUUUGAAGGCAUGUAAUGUGCGUGUGGAUGUGUUCCCAUUGAUGUCAUUCAGUGCCCACAGCCCCUGAGGCAGAAUUACAUGCUCUAUUCCCAGUGCGAAUGAGCGCAUAUUUAGUUGGUAAGGCAGAAAGUGGGAGGGGGAGAGGA